UUACCAGAUAAGAAUGUGUGAAUUGACCAUAUGCUUCAAUUAACGAAUCUACGUUUUAAACAACUCGCUUCAUGUUGAAAUAUUGCACAGAUAUAUACACCUAAUUAAAAUGUUCAAGACUGCAACGUGCCUAUUGCUACUUUGUCUGGAAACCUCGGCGCUUUCAGAUGGAAUAUCUCCGACAAUGCCAGAACUGUUAACGACGAUAAAUGAACUCAAACAAAGAGUGAGUGCACUUGAAGUCAAAAAUUCCGUUGGCCCCAUAGCAUUUACGGCUGGUUUGAGGAACACCUUAGUUCACGUUGGCGACCACCAGCACAUCGUCUUUGACAUUGUGCGUACCAAUAUCGGAGGAGCAUACAAUCCUGUUGAUGGCCAUUUCAUCGCUCCUGUCCGAGGUGCCUACGUGUUCUUUGUGAUGCUAACCAACUUUGUAGACCAUGCUGCAAGCGUUCAACUUCUCCGGAAUGGGCAAUUCCUAGGGCAUGUGUUAGCAGACGACACAGGUAACGCCUUUUCGACGUCAACUCUUGCGGUGACAGCACAGCUUGAAGUUGGAGAUCAUGUGUGGGUUUAAAAUGAGUACACGUUUUCAACAACAGAACAAAUAGAUUGGAACAACUGGUCAAGCUUUUCUGGACAUCUAAUCCAACAGAAUUAAGCAUGUGCAUCAAUAUUGUACAUAUCACAAUAUACUUCUCCCCACGUAUGUUGAACUACUUAUGGCGAUGAUAUUAAAUGGCUCCGUCUGUCGUCGUUGUGCUUUAUUCUGAUUUGAAGACUGUCUAACAAAAGUUGAAUCUACAACAAUAUAACAAUCGAUAAUAAUCCCCAGGAGAUUUCAGCGUCAUCCAUAGCAAACAAAAUGUUCAAUGUACCGUGCACACUAAUUGAAAUUUUAAUUGAAAUAAUUUAUUAUGGUUUGGGUAUAAUACAUGUAUUCCGAAUG